UUCAAUAAUGACCAAUCAAAUGAUUCAAGGUUUGUAGAAUGGACCUAUUUAUAGGGAGUGUUCAUGUCGCCCAACGUUCAUUUAUUACAGGAUCAAAGACAGCAGCUUCUCCUUACCAGGAAGUAGUCAAAGGAAUGAACGUAAUUAUGAAAAUCACAUGCAUGAUAAUGAUUUUAUUAUCAUACUGCUAUUGGUCAGUGGAUAGUUGCGGAAGGGGAAGGGGAAGAACUUCAGUCGGAGUUACGGGACAGGCGCGCAGAAAUUAUGGUAGAAUCCAUGGGACUGUUACACACGAGUGGGAUAGGGGUUCCGCCCAUGUGGGUGGAGGUGUAGAUACCAACGGAAACUGGGGAGUAGAAGCUGGUGUCGAGUUCCGGUUUCGAAAAAGGAGUGUUCAAUCGCAUUACAAUAUUACACUCAAAGUAGAUCCGUGUAAUUUCUACACAUACGAUGACGAUCGGGACGGGACAAUAGUUAAGGAAGAACUGCAUGCUAUCUUCGGGAACAAUGAAAAGACCAAUGCUCUAUUCAAAGAUCUGGACAUAACACCAGGUGAUGGAUAUAUAGCAGAGGAAGAAUUCUAUGCGAUGGCACCUGUGAUCAUAGCGGAAUGUUUAGACACUGACGAGUGGUGACAAAAUACAAAUGAAUAUUUUGUAAAAAUAUUAUGAUUUUCAAAAAUGUAUGAACCCAAAUUUUAUGUACAGCUUGACGCUUGUAAGGCUGAAUUUAGGUUAAGUGUGAAAUUGGUAUGCUAUAGUUGAUACAUAUUGCCUUCGUCUCUCUUAUAAACAGCAACAUCUCCGUACCGUAUUGUUAUCUGUGGGUUAAUCUUUCAUAAUGUGUUUUAGAAAAGUAUAUUCCUUGAAAUGUACCAUGUGAAUGUAAUGUGUGUAAAAAAUAGAACUAAGUCUCAAUCAAUUUAGAGCUAGACUGAGUGUAUUCUAUUAUGAUGCAUUUUUGUUUUACAUUUAAACAAAAAAGGAAUUGUAGCGCUGUAUAUGCUUAUUGUUGUUUAUUGGUUAUAUUUUACGGUUUCUUGUUCAGAUGCUGAAUAUCUAACCAUUCGGGCAACCGAUCUCGUGCUUCAGUUCCUGUGCAUUUGAACUCUGAACCAUGGUAAAUUAGAAGGUAAACCACGUGAAGGAGUUGCUUAUUUGAUAUUCAAAUGUUGACUUCAAAUUACAUUCCUCUUUAUGCUCAUUGAA